AUGUCGCACUUACCAACACCAACACCCACAUCAGACGAACCUGAUGUUCCUGGGCCGGUAGUGCCCAACGAGAAGACGAUUGCUUUCGCAGUAUCAGUUGUGAAAUCGAAGCCGCCGGAGCUCAGCAUCGAAGACUAUAUCAAGCUCCUGAGACAACACAUCGCUCCAGGUCGACGAGAGAAUGCUUUGAGCAGUGUCUACUCUCAUCUGGACCGCUCUGCAUAUUGGCGCUCUCGAGCCGAGCUGGUCAAAGUCGAUCUUGAACGUGCACAAGACAAAGCUGUUGAUAUGCGACGAGAAAUUGCUACUCUUAAAAGGAAACUUGAAGAACGACCUCCCAAUCCCAUCAAGAAACGCAAGAGACAUGACGAGGAUGUCGUUCUUGUACCUCGAAGUCCAAGGAAAAAUAAGAGGGCCACCUCGCCGGACAGAGGUAUGCAGUUGACUGUGGAACACCCAACCGACGCCGAGUUCAGCCAAGCCGGAGAAUUUGGUGCCAAGGCUACACAACGCACGACGUCGAGCGAGCUUGCGUAUCAUAUCACGCGUGCCUCGUCGACGAUCGCGCAGAUUUUGCAAACCGAAAUUCGAAGCAUCAUCGCAGAACAAACGAAAGACAACGAACAGCUGAAGAACGCACUGGCUACUACUAGUCGCGCCAUUACAGCAGUCCUUGCAGGAUAUGUCCGCCUCACUCACGUUCGAGAUGUUUCAGAAGGUACCGCAGCGCAGGGUCGAGUCAUCUAUGCCAUUGUUUCGAUGUUCCGCAGUCUGCUUUGCUGCUUCACGUUACUUUCAGCUGGAGAGAUAGACAAAAGACCUUCUACAGCGCAUGCGUCCUCGUCAGAGAAGCCAAAGGGGAGAAGCAAGGCUAGAACAAUUCCACUGAAGGACCAAAAGGUCAAGGAAAACCCCACAAUGAGCUUGUACACAACGUUUCUGGGAAACCUGCUUGACAUGCUUGAUCCUAGGGUUGAAGCAAAUCAAGCUCUAUUUGAAGGCUUCACCUACUGCAUCCUGGACCAAUUGGGCAAGAGCCUGUACUCAGUUGUCUUUGGACACAGCAGAGCUCCGGAUCUCGAACUUGAACUCAAACUUGAUGAUGGUGUCCUACAUGACGGUGCCGCGUCUGAAGCAUCAGCUUUACAACAAGAAGAUGAAGAACGCAAACAGACCAAGCUUGAAGCACCAUACCUGCUUCAUCUCCUUAAUCGUAUCAUGAUCGCCGCCCCCGCCCACUUUGGUAAUGUGCAUGGCGUGAAGAAUGGCAAGGCCAAGAGUAACAGAGCGCCAGCAAAGAACAUGUUGGCUCGUUCGGCGAAAGAAUGCUUACAGCGUACGCUGGUCCACGCGAUCUUUGGUACGGAGAAUGUGAAUGACGAUGAUCCUUUCAAGGAGUGCUUGAAGAUGCCGACAAGCGUUGGAGGGCCUUUAAGUAUGCCAAAAGUCAAAGAGGCCGAUGUUUUGGAGUACUUCAAGGAGGAAGUAUGGAGGUGUGUGGGAUGGGACAUACUAGCCAAGGAGGGAGACUGGUGA